UCAAAAUAAACUGCCACUUGUUCGCUUCCAUUUUGGCAAUAAGCGUGAUUUUUCUGCUCUCGCUGCUCGUGUUUUGUGGGAAGUCUCAAAGCAGGAGCUGCAUUUUCUUCUUCACAUCUGACUCUGGAUAUUUGGGAUAUUAGAUUUUUUUUUCAUCUUACAGUUAUCUUACAGGUUUUCUUUUAUGCACAAAGGACUACCUAAAACCUGUGUGAUAUGAUAAGACUCCACUAUUCGACAUCAACAUGAUCCAGUGCCGAGUCCUAUUUCUGUGUGUGGCAUUAUCAUGGAGGCUACGAUCAGCAUCAUCCCAAACACAUGAAGUGGUGUGUCCUGGCACACAGAACGGACUGAGCUCCACAGGUUCUCAGGAGAACCAAUACAACCUGACUAAGGACCGCUACAAUGGCUGUGAGAUCAUCAUGGGAAACCUGGAGAUCACUCAGAUUGAGAGUAACUGGGACUUCUCCUUCCUCAAGACAAUCCGUGAGGUGACCGGCUACGUCCUCAUCGCUAUGAACCACUUUCAGGAGAUUCCUCUCGGGCAGCUGAGGGUCAUCAGAGGAAACAGCCUUUAUGAGAGACGCUUCGCCCUCUCUGUCUUCUUUAACUACCCCAAGGACGGUUCCAAUGGCCUGCGGCAGCUGGGCCUCGCCAAUCUGACAGAGAUUCUGGAGGGAGGAGUGCAGAUUAUCAACAACAAGUACCUGAGUUACGGGCCCUGGAUCUUCUGGCAGGACAUCAUCAGAGACAACAAUGCUCCCAUUGACAUCCAGUACAACGGAGAGAGGGGCCCAUGCCACAAGUCUUGUGGAGAUUACUGCUGGGGGCCAAACAAGGACCAAUGUCAGAUCUUGACUAAGACGGUGUGCGCUCUGCAGUGUAAUGGCCGCUGUUUUGGGACGAGCCCCAGGGACUGCUGUCACAUAGAGUGUGCAGCAGGAUGUAAAGGCCCUCUGGACGUCGACUGCUUUGCAUGUCGCCAUUUCAACGACUCUGGAGCCUGUGUGCCUCAGUGUCCCCAGACUUUGAUCUAUAAUAAGCAGACGUUUCAGAUGGAGACCAACCCAAACGCCAAAUAUCAGUACGGAUCCAUCUGUGUCUCCCAGUGCCCCACUCAUUUUGUGGUGGACGGCAGCUCCUGUGUGAGCGUUUGUCCUCCAGACAAGAAGGAGGUGGAGAGAGAAGGCCAGAGGCAGUGUGAGCUCUGCAGCGGACUCUGCCCUAAAGUGUGUGAAGGCACCGGUGCUGAACACAGACAGACUGUGGACUCCAGCAACAUCGACAGCUUCAUCAACUGCACCAAGAUCCAGGGCAGCCUUCACUUCCUGGUCACGGGGAUUCUUGGAGAUGACUUUAAAAACAUCCCACCCCUGGAUGCCAAAAAGCUGGAAGUGUUCCGCACCGUCAGAGAAAUAACAGACAUCCUCAACAUCCAGUCGUGGCCCAAAGAACUGAAUGAUCUGUCAGUGUUUUCGAGUCUCGCCACCAUCCAAGGGAGGUCGCUCUUCAAGCGUUUUUCCCUGAUGGUGAUGCGCAUCCCCACUCUUACCUCACUGGGUCUGCGCUCUCUCCGGGAGAUCAGUGACGGCAGCGUGUACAUCAGUCAGAAUGCCAACCUCUGUUACCACCACACUGUGAACUGGUCGCAGCUGUUCAGAGGCCGCCGAGUUCGAGUCAACAACCUCAACAACAACAGGCCACUGGCAGAGUGUGUCGCCGAAGGCCACGUGUGUGACCCACUGUGUUCAGACUCAGGCUGCUGGGGCCCGGGGCCCGACCAGUGUCUCACGUGUAGGAACUACAGCCGGGAGGGAACAUGUGUGGGCAGCUGUAAUUUUUACUCUGGAGCUCCGAGGGAAUUCGCAGGGAGGGAUGGCGAGUGUGUCGCCUGCCAUCCAGAGUGUAAACCUCAGAGCGGGGAAGCCAGCUGUACUGGACCGGGUGCAGACAAGUGUGCGGUGUGCGCCAACCUUCGAGACGGCCCUUACUGCAUGUCCUCCUGUCCCACUGGAGUGAAUGACGGACAGAAGGGGCUGAUCUUCAAAUACCCCAACAGGGAGGGUCACUGUGAGCCAUGUCACCACAACUGCACACAGGGAUGCUCAGGACCAGGAUUAAAUGACUGUUUGGAGGCAGCCAGGUUGGCAGUGAGUAGCGGUCAGAUCACAGGCAUAGCUUUAGGUGUCCCGGCCGGCCUGAUUUUCUGCCUGGUGUUGUUUUUCCUGGGUGUGCUGUAUCAUCGAGGCCUGGCCAUCCGCCGUAAGAGGGCGAUGAGGAGGUACCUGGAGAGCGGAGAGAGCUUCGAGCCUCUGGGUCCCGGGGAGAAAGGUACCAAGGUUCACGCCCGAAUCCUGAAGCCCUCAGAGCUGAAGAAAAUCAAAGCACUUGGCUCGGGAGUUUUUGGCACAGUGAACAAAGGUUUUUGGACUCCAGAGGGAGAGACAGUAAAGAUCCCUGUGGCCAUUAAAACCAUCCAAGAUAGCUCAGGCCGGCAGACCUUCACUGAGAUCACUGACCACAUGCUGUCCAUGGGCAGCCUGGACCACCCCUACAUCGUCAGACUGCUGGGCAUCUGUCCAGGUCCCAGUCUGCAACUGGUGACCCAGCUUAGUUCCCAGGGCUCCUUACUGGAGCACAUCAGGCACCACAAGAACAGCCUGGACCCCCAGCGCCUGCUCAACUGGUGCGUGCAGAUCGCUAAAGGCAUGUAUUACCUGGAGGAGCACUGCAUGGUCCACAGGAACCUGGCUGCACGCAACAUCCUGCUGAAGAACGACUACCAGGUCCAGAUCUCUGACUACGGUGUGGCAGACCUCCUUUAUCCCGACGACAAGAAAUACAUCUACACUGACACUAAGACACCCAUAAAAUGGAUGGCACUCGAGAGCAUCCUGUUUCGUCGAUACACUCAUCAAAGUGAUGUUUGGAGUUAUGGGGUGACAGUGUGGGAGAUGAUGUCAUUCGGCGCAGAACCGUACGUGUCGGUGCAGCCUCAGGAGGUGCCGAGUCUGCUGGAGAAGGGCGAACGACUGUCGCAGCCCCACAUCUGCACCAUCGACGUCUACAUGGUCAUGGUCAAAUGCUGGAUGAUUGAUGAAAACAUAAGGCCGACCUUCAAGGAACUGGCCAGUGACUUCACUCGCAUGGCAAGAGACCCACCGAGGUUCCUUGUCAUCAAGGUGGAAGGAGUAGAAGCGUCCUCAGGAGAGAUCCAUCGAAGAGAAUCAGAGCGAGGGCUCCUGGAUGCCGCUUUGGAAGACCAGGACGAGGAGGGACUGGAGGGCGGUUUGGCUACUCCUCCUCUGCAACACUCUCCGUCUUGGAGUCUGUCUCGCUCACGGAUUAAUUCCUACAGAAGUGGUGCCUCUCAGGCUGGCCCCAUGGGAUACCUGCCAAUGACCCCCAGCCCAGUGGACAGCAUCCGCCAGCUGUGGCUUCAGAGGUCCCGGCUGAGCUCGGUGCGGACGCUGCCCGAGAGGUUAGAGUUCAGGGGCAGUGGCAGAGAGGCAGAGCUGCGUGAGGAGGCCUCACGGAGCGGGGGUCUUCACAGAGCCAGGUUUGGCUCCGAGAGGGGAAAUCCUUGCAUAUCCAUCGGCCGGCACAGGAAGCUCUCGACAGCAUCGAGUCCAUCCUCGUAUAAGGUGUGGACGGCAGAGGAAGAGGAGGAGGUGGACAGCUACGGCUACGUGCUGGCUGGGUCACCUGUUACACCAGAGAGAGUCUGUAGAUUCACUCAUUCUGGGCGAAGAACCUCAAGACUGAAGAAGAAUCCCUCCCAGGAGUAUGAAAUCAUGAGCAAAGAGUCUCCUUGCUCGACCAGCAUCUCAUCGCAGGCUGCUCGUCAUAAAACCUCACCUUCAGCCUCUCCAACUAUCACGGCUCGAUCACCUGGAGUGGACAAAGAAACUCUGACACCAACCUUAUCUGUGAGAAGGAAACAAGGAGAUGAAGAGUGUAAAGGGACUGUCGCAGAGCAAAAAGACCCCGUGGGGAAACAUCAGCUUGCUGCAGACUCUGACGCCAGGUCCAGAGCUGUGGACGACCAAGGAGAGGCAGCCCAAGGGAUAGGCAGGUAUGAAUACAUGGACAUCAGAUGGUCUGACUCUACGGAGGGAGAGGAUCCAGCAUGGGAGAGGCGUGGGAGUCAAACAUCUGCAAAGAGUGCAGCAGAGACAGAGGACACAGACCAAACAGCGGAGGUGUUGGGAAAAGAUCAUGAGGAGGAAGAGGAAGAGGAGGAGUACCACAUCACAAAUAAACAACCCGCACUUGAGGGGAAUCUGAGCAGUAUGGUCAUACCCAGGCCAGAUGUGCUCACAGCUGGGGGGGAUGAGGUGGAGGUGGAGGAGUAUGAGGAGAUGACCAGACUUGGAGUGGCGCCCGGUGGGUGGGAGCAGCCAGACUACCAGAACCUCCCAGUGAAGGGGAGGGCUGCUGCUGAGGAGACGGGCAGCAGCAGGUGUGCAGGGAUCGGGGGAUACAUCAAGGUGUGUGCAGGCAUGGGGGAGCCUGGCAGCAACACAUCAUUCGACAACCCGGACUACUGGCACAGCAGACUGUUCCUCAAGCCAGAUGCUGUACGCACCUAAUAACGUGGACUGGGACAGAGAGCAUGGCGAUGGCUGCAGUGACUUUAUUUCCUGUCAGAAAUGUGGGUGCUUUUGUAAUGUUUUGGCAGCUGUUCAAACAUCCAAAACGAUAAAGGUAUUAAAAGAA